GUGCGACACGGCGGCAACCCCUCUUUGUGUGCUUGUAAAGCUGGAAGAAAAAGGGAAACAAUUCGUUCAAUUAUACAUAACUAGUGCACACACGCACACACAAACACAUAUCGUGAGUUUUCCUGCAGCGUCAUUCGGAGCAGGUGGAAUUGAGAGUGAAAUAAAGCGCUAAAGCUGUGUGUUCUUACUUACUAACAAUUAGUGUAGUCCCCUCAUCGGGAAGUGUUCAAGUGGAGCCUUAAUUUAACAGCGAGAAGAAGGUUUAUCGAUCGUACGCGCCGCAGAUUGCAGAUACCGUGAGGUGGCGUGCAGUCGUAAUCAAACUGCCAAACACAGUUACUUCCAAUGAAUUGUACAAAAUUCUUUGGGAAGAACGAAUGGGAAACCUCCAGCAGCACUAUCGAGUUCCUUUGAAGGCAAGAGAAGGAAGGGAAAAAGAAACCUCUCUAAUCCUUUAAAACUUCCCGUGAGGAAGCCGAGCUUGGAGAGGGUCCCACUCCGCAUGGGUGGGCUUGAGUGGUGCCUCGCCGAGAAAACUCCACCACAAACCAACGACGGGGCGUCUCCAUCGGCAGGCAACGUGGUCACUUUCCAGCCAUCGCGUCGAAGUACGCUACCUAUCAAGAUACAGAACAUCAGAGCCUCCUGUGUUUGUGUGUGUGUUUGCGCGUGUGUUAGUGAUAAACAGAACACUUUCGCUCUUUUGCGGUGUCUCUCUCUCGACUGUGUGUGUCUCUCUCUUUGCCACCGUUCAAGAGAAACGAGGGUGAGAAAACACGAAAACAUUCUUAGACGGCGGUGUGUUGUCAAAAUUAUUUCGAAGUUGAUCGAAACGCUUUCCACUGCCUGAGCCGUGCGUGUUGGUGCAGCUUGCUGCUGAGGAAUACUUACUGUUUGUUGCUAAUUAGAACUUGUGUGUACGUAAUUGUGAACGCUGCGCUCCUGUGUGCUUCUGUGGUGCUGUAAGUAGAGCAGUUUGUAGCUUAAAAUCGAAUCCAAAUCGCCUUUGUUGCGAAUGGCCCAUUCGCCACAGUGAUGAGUGGGGGGAGGAGAACACAACCAACACAGAGGAGCCGUACAGUGCAGUGGUACCAGUGAGCCGAUGUAAGUGAGCAGUGAAUCAUACCGCAAGAUGGGUUGACAUCGCAGUGAAAAACGUUAAGGAAAAGCGACGACACACAUCUCCGUCCAGUCCAGUGUGCAGUGUGGCUUUUUUGUGGCACUCUUUUGCUUUGUGUUUUUGCUUUUGAGUGCAGCGGAAGUAAUACAAAAGUGGAGGCGGUGGUGCACAAUUGUAAGUUAAAGUUUGUGCGAGUGUGAGCGAGAAGGAGCGACAAUGAAGGAAGGAAGCAAAUGGAGCCUCCUCCGCUUGCUUUGAUUCCACGAUGAACGCACUGGCAAUCGGAUGUCGAUGCAAAAGCGUGCGGUGUGCUUGGAGAGUGUGUUUCCUGUGCAACGAAACAGCGUGGUGAGCGUUAUGCAGCAUCCUGCCAGCAGGAUAAGGUGCCGUUCUGCUUUGCAGUUAUGAUGUUACCGUGCGCUAACCACACACCACCGUCACCAUCUUAGAAGUGUUGUGCGCGUUCCAAGUCCGCUUCCGUCGUGAGCGGCAAAGAGCGAAAGUACGAGGUUUCCGGAUUUGUUGCACAGUCGCGUCGCGUGCAGCGAGCAUUCAUCUUCAUCCAGAAAUAAGUUCAUCAUCAACACUCAUCAUCAUCAUCAGCCCUUCGUCAUCUGCGUCGUUUGUCAGGGUGAUAAAUCGCUCUCACGCCUCCGGUCCGCCUCUAUCGAAUUUUUGGUGGUCGCUUUUGGGUCGCACCAUUGUCCCUGCGAAUUGCCGAACUCCUGGACACGGGCAGCUGAAAACGUCGCAGUUAAUACGUAAACGUGGGCGAAAUCGGACACACGGGCAACGAUUAUGAAUGCUACCGGGCACGUUCGGUCAAAUUUCUAGUGGCCUAGCAGCGGAGAGCGUCGUCGUCGUCGUCGUGGUCGUCGUCAUCAGCACGACCAGCCACAAAAUCAAGGACUGAGCCUAGACGAUUGUGCGUGCUACGUGCGUUUGUGCUGUGUCUCCCGUGUGUGUACUGAGAGUGUAGUGCAAAUUCCACCGCUCCCUGCCGCCCGAUGGUGUAGCAUGGAAUUUACGAGCGCCAUGAUUUAUGAUGGUGCUCCGCAGCUAAGGACCAAUUGCCAUACCCACGCAACAGCCGAACGGAGCCGCACCGUCACCGUCAGCGACCACCCGUACCGCCAGUGCCACCGAGUGCCACGCGCCCCGUACCGAGGUCUUCCGCCGCAGCUUGCCCCAGCCCGGUUCGGGCUAGCCUCUUGACAUGAGUUUUCUCUUCAGCUCGAUUAAGAACCUUACCGUCGGCGGUACGGGGGCUUCCUCAGCGGUCGGCAGCAGUGCGGCUCCGGCGACAACUACCCCGACCGCCGCCAGCACUGGCCCGAUCGUCAGCUGCUAUCAAGAAUCGGAAGAGAUGCGAUUCAAUGCUUUAUCACCACCACCACCUCCCCCGCCGCCCCCACCGUCGGCCUCGAGCUCCGACUACAACAUCAGCAAGAAGAUGGGCGUCCCGGACACGCAGUCCGACUUUAACCAAUGGCUGCACGCGAUGAAGAUGGUGGCCCGGCUGCCGGGCGGCAUGCCCUCGGAAUUUCGGCGAAAGCUCUGGAUGGCGCUAGCCGACCGGUACCUAAAGACGCGCUCGCUCAACUGGGAGGAAGAGUCGGCCAGGUGUCUCAGCGAGCAGUCGGACGAGGACGACGAGGAGCUGGGCAUACAGAUCGUGAAGGAUCUGCACCGGACCGGGUCGAGCCUUUGCUCCGGCCCGUCCGGCACGAUCAACCAGGGCAAGCUGAAGCGCGUCCUGCUCGGCUACUCGCGCUUCAACCCGGAGGUGGGCUACUGCCAGGGCUUUAACAUGCUCGGCGCACUGAUCCUGCAGGUGAUGGACAAGAGCGAAUCGGACUCGAUCAAGGUGAUGAUACUGCUGAUCGAGGGUCUGCUGCCGGCGGGCUACUUCUGCGGUUCGCUCGGUGGGCUGCAGGCGGACAUGGCCGUGUUUCGCGAUCUGCUCGGGACGCGGCUGCCCAAGCUGGCCCGCCACCUCCAGAAGCUGCAGGGACCGGAGGGAGCGUUCGAGCCACCACUGACCAAUGUGUUCACGAUGCAAUGGUUUCUGACGCUGUUCUGCACCUGCCUGCCGAUACCGCUGGUGCUGCGCGUCUGGGAUCUGAUACUGAUCGAGGGUAGCGAUGUGCUGCUGCGCACGGCCCUAGCGAUCUGGGGCAUACUGGAAAGCAAAAUCCUCGCCACCAAAACGGCGGACGAUUUCUACUGCAAGAUGGGUGCCCUCUCGUCCGAGCUUGUCAACGGCAGUCUGGUCGACUCGAACGCACUGAUACAGCGGGUCGUGGACAUUGGACCAAUAGCUGACCUGCAGAGGCUGCGGGAUAAACACCUCAACAGUAUUACCCAGCUGAAGGACACUUCCAACUUGAAGAUUUUCUACUCCGACGACGAGGGCGAAUCGGACGAAGACUCCCGGCUGGCGGUAACGGCAACGGCCUGGGGUUUACGGUCCGGUCGGCGGGCCUCGCUCGGCAUCCCGCCCAACUUUGCCCGCGCCGAGGGCAAGGAAAAGAUGAACCUGGACAUCUCCCUGCUGAAGAAGCAGUACGACAAGCUGCGCGAGCGGCAGCGGCAGGCACAUAUCAUCCUUACGGCGGCCGUCGCCCGCCAACCGGCCAACCCCUCGCCGAACGCUGGGACGCUGCAGGUGAACCAGCUGCUCGUCGGCAAGAACGCUCUGCUCAGUGCCAAAGGCAAGCGGCUCGGACCGCCCCAGGGGGCAGUGCCGCCCGUACGCUCCGGCUCGAAAUCCUCCUCCAAACAGUCCGGCAAACAGUCCACCGGCCCGUCCCGGUCGCCGAAACCGGUCGAGACGCUCCACUGGAAGGAUAUGGACGAGACGAAGCAGCGCCGCAACAGUCUCAAGUGGAAGGAUCUCCCGAAAGACGGGGCCACCAAAAAGCCGCCGGACGAAGGCUCCAAGCCGGACAGUUCGCCCAAGCUGAAGAAGUCGGCGAGUGCGUCCUCCGCCAUCAGCAACCUGUCGGAAACGGGCAGCAGCGGGGGCGACGGUUCGUCCAGUGCGCGAACCGGCGGUGCGCUCAAGCGGCGCAGCGAAUCCUCCUCCUACAGCGAGGAGUCGGACGGUGAGUCCAGCACCAGCACGUCCCUGUGCGACGACGACAAUCAGCCGCUGAGUGCGUCCUCCCUGGAGGCUUCGCCGAUGAAGCGGCGCAUCACGCCCGAGUCCAUCAUCCGGGAAGUGCCUGACGAGGAGCGGCUGGUGGUGAUCGUGCCGAGCGACAGCGAGCUGACCGACAUUAAGGAGGAACCGUCGUCGUACGGUGAGGACGAGGAGGCCGAGCUUAGCCGAGCGUCCGAGGUCGAUCCACAGCUGGUGGGUGAGCUGCUAAGUCCUCUGUCGGACGUGGUGGUGGAACCGCCACCGCGAACUGCGCCAGACAAGCUGUCCCCUACUAGCCGACCGAUCCAACCCGAACCGGAAGAUCAUUCGCUCUCGGUGGCGAUCACGAGCACGAGCCAACUGUCGCCCAUUCCCGACAUCACCAAGUACGUCAGCAUGUCCACCAUCAGCCCGCUCAAGACGCCCUCCUCGCUGAUGGACUACUCCGACUAUCUGGCCAACAUACCGACCGACAAUACCGUCACCGUGGACGUGACGAAAAGCCCCACCCCGAUGGUGGAGGUCGCUCGGGUCGAUUCCGAACCGGCCGCGUUCAAGGUCAGCGACGAGGGCGUCACGAACGAGCUGUUCGAGCGGAUCAAUGCGGCCGAGCGGCCCAGCAAGCUCGACCUGCACGUAAUCAAGGAGCGGCGGGUGAGCGAAUCGCUCGUCACCACCGCGGAGAGUGUGCUGGAUCGGAGCGACGCUACCUCCAAGCUGGACAACUACAGCUUCACCAACGUCUCGAACCGCUCGUCCAUGUCGUCGUCCUUUGUGCUGGAGCUGCCGAUCAAGAGCACGCUGCAGCACGACAGUCCGCUCCUGCCGCCCAGCGUCGAUCUGGCGGCGGUCGUCGAGCGCGAAUCGUCCCAGCCGAAACAGCAGCCCAAGUACCAGAUUGCCGAUGCGCUCUGCACACCGACGCCGCAGGACGAAACGGCGCCCGGCGAAAGCCCGGAAGACAUCGAGCGCUAUCUGGCCAACCGGGUCAAGUUCCUGAAGGAGAAAUCCUUCUCCAUGGACGACCCGAUCAAGGGGGAGGAUCUGCCGCCGGAGGACAUCACGAAACGGUCCGCCUCGGAGGGUCUCGUAGCGAUCGACAGCAAUCCACUGAAGAGCGACAAAAUGCUGGAGAUCAUCAAGGAGAACUCGCUCAUCCUGGGCCGAAUAGUGCGCAAAACGCGCGACCAGGACGAGCAGCGGACGGAUCAGCUGAUCAAGGAGGACGAGACGGAGAUGCUCAUCCGCACGAUCGAGCAGCUGCCGAGUUUGCAGCACGGCGAGCACUCGCCCGACCUGAAGCUCACGCACAGCGUGGUGGACGAGCUGUUGGAGCGGGCGGAACCGGACAAACCGCUGCUCUCGCCCUUCCGGCUAAAGUUUGAGUGUGAGCCCACCGUUCCCAGCGCUCAGGGGGAGACCGAUGUACCGAUGUUCGCCGGCGAGGACAUCAAAUCCAAGACGGAUCUGCUCAUCCAGCGUACCGAGGAGCAGCUCGCACGGUUUGCACCGCCCGAACCGACGUACUACGUGCGGAAGGACAACUUCCGCGAGAUCAUAACGCCGGAAGAGGAGAAAGUGACGACGGAACCGGCCAAGGGCGCAAUUGUUGAGUCGACGCCGGCCGCCAUUGUGCCACCACCACCGCUACCGACGGUCGUGAAGCAACCGGACCCUGUAGAUCCCGUCUCGCCGACGGCACCACUGAACCUAAGCUUUAAUGCGAUCGAUACGAGGGCCGUAUCGUCGAAAACGGAGGAAUUGAUCAAGAAAACGGAGGAACAGUUGGCGCGCUUCCGCACCCACGACAAAAAGAUGAUAGACAAGCUGGAGAAGCGCCUGUCGCUGAUAGACAUGAAGCUGGGCGAAAGCACCCCGCUAGCCACCACUACCGCCUCCACCACCACACUGUCCGCCACGGUGGCGUCGAGCAAAACGGAGGAGGUGUUGAAGAAAUCGGAGGAGCAAAUUUCGCGCCUCGCACUGGCCCGCAAAUCCCCGACGCGCUUCAAGCUGGACAGCGCGACCGACCACAGCGCCACCGACCCCGCCCCCACGAUCAGCCUCAAAACGGAGGAGCUGAUCAAGAAGACGGACGAGCAGCUGGCCCGCUUCAAGGCGGCGGCCGAGAGCACGGCGGAAAAGCGCAAAAGCCGCCACGAGCUCGAUGAGCUGCUGCGGCCCGAAAACGGCUGCACCGAGCGGAUGCUGAGCCGGUCGUGCGAAUCGAUCCGCAGCGAGAGCCUCUCGUCCCUGGACGAGACGGCGAUCGUGCGCCAGGUGCAGGAGCAGAUGCUGCGCACGAUCCAGCUGCCGGACGAGGUGCGCACCUGCAAAACGGACGAGCUGAUCCGGGGCAUCGAGGACGGGAAGAUCAAGCUGGGCGACGACUACAUCACCACGAUCAAGACGAUCGACUAUCUGAAGCGCUCGAACGCGAACAUGCUCGCGACGCUGUCGUCGAUCGAGAACUCGAUCAAAACGAUCGACAACUACUGCGACUACGAGUCGGACAUACAGUCCGACCGGAUCAACGACACGAUCGACAAUCUGGAGAAAUCGCUCAAACAGUUCGACGCGCAGCACCCGGCGCCCCCGCUCAGCCCAACGCGCCGCUCGUCCGGCCCGCUCGGUACCGAGCCGCCGCUCGUCAUGGUGCACGACUACUCGACCACCCACCACGAGGCGCGCUCCUGCCGCCCAACGUCCUGCAAUCGGCCGAGCCGGCCGCGCAAGCGCAAAGAGUACUCGCCCCGCCGGCGCAAGGACAAGGAGCGCGACGCGGACGGCAAGAGCGUCUCCGGCAGCAACAAUCGCGCGCGCAAAGACCACAGCAGCGACUACUCGUCCGACAAUCAGUCGGUCGAGCGCGAAUCGCCCAAAACGUACACGUACGCCUCGUACUACAGCCACUCACCGCCGAUAACGCCCCGGCUCGUGUCGCCCUCCCGCAAGCUGCCCCCGGAACCGGCGAACGCGCGGCCGACCACGCUCAAGAGCACCUCGCACGAUCGGUACACGCUUGCCCUCGGGCCUCAUCCCUCGUCGCCCUCGCGGUUCGACAAGUCGCCAUCGUCGCCGAUCAUUACCAAAGCCUACCUGGAGUCGCUCAAGCCGGCCACCCCGGUAGCGUCCGGGCGGACGACCCGCUCGGCCGAGAACUCACCCCCGUACCAUCCGAACCAACCGGUCGCCCUGUCGCCCACCAGCUCGGUGCAGAUUGGCCGCUACCAGGCUGGCACGCUGCGCAGCGCAACCGCCUACCACGAUCCCGACGCGCACUCGCACAUCAAGAGCUGCGAGAACAUACUGAUGCGGUUCGACUACGAGCGGAUCUCCGCGAUCGCGGCCAGCUUCCCCAUCAGCAGUGCCCUCUCGCCAUCGCCCACCAAGUACAGCAGUCUCGACUUUAAGCAGGACGGUGGUGGCGGUGCGCUCAGUCUGGGCAGUUUGGCCGCCUCGCCGAACAACAAGUCCCUACACUAGCGGACUGAACACAACGACGAUCGUUAGCAUCACUCUCACGCGCUUUCUCACGCUCUUUCUCUCGCUCGCUCUGUUUGAUCCACAAUUUCUGUGAUAACUCAUUGUGUAUAGAACCAACCGAAACAAAAAAAGAAAAAAGAAAAUGCACGGAAAGUCCACAACCCAAUUCUUCAGAGGCAGCGAGUAUGAGAUUUAGCCAGAUGUCAUCAGAUCAUAACACCUGUCUUCGUUGCGCUUGUAUAAGAGGCAGGAGUCAACGAAUCAAAGUGUUAUCGUUCGUGGGAUAGCUUCCCAAGAUUCCCCGUAGUGGUGGACGGGGCCUCAAGUCUCACGGCACCGCACCCUUAACCAAAACCCCCUGCAAUCAGAAGUAUGUGGCGUGUUUGUGGGGCGGUGAGCGCUUAUGCUUCUAGUAACUACACCCUCUGACUAUCUACAUUAGAUAUGAACGGUUGUGUAAUGGGCACGAAAGGCACUAAAAGUAGCACCGGAGAUACUUAGAGCGUUGGGUGAGUUUUAUGAGCGACAGACGACGAACGGAAAAUCCACUUACAUACGAACGUUAUUAUUAGCAGAAGCGUUACAUCCAAUCCAGUACAGCUACUGCAACGAGAAAAUAAGGCUUUGCAGGCAGAUACGUUGCAGGGUUGCUCUUUUUGUUCAGUAAAACUAGCAGUAGCAGAUCGCUGAGGGCAAAAAUCAGGAAGAGGGAGAAAAUAUUGAGAUAAACUAUAAAAAACAAACGCAAACCCUUUCUGCGAUGAAAUGUUUUCCGUUUUUCCGCUUUUCCCCCCGAUCGCAUCGGCAUCCGGAAACUUGCGGACAUAAGUACAGUGUGCGCACCACCAUCAUGAUCACCAUCACCAACAUUGUUGUUACCUGUAUCGUUCGUUCGCUCAUCUCCCGCCAUCCUUGCCCUACACAUCGGUUGUUUAUCGCACGUUGAUUGUAUCAUAUAUUCGACAUUGUACUUGUAUAGUUAUUGGGUUACAUUUGAUAUUACCGGCGGACCGGAGGCGAAAGCAAACGCAUAAGCAAAACGGAUGUAUUAUUGUCCCCAUUCUACUUCCCCCCCCCCCUUUCCACUAAGCAAAGGAAACGAGGGCAGGUUUUGCGGGCAUUUAUGAAUUGAUACAAACAAACAAACAAACAAAUAUGUAAGAAGAGGUCAGUCAGCUGUUGCGUUGGCGCCUGUCUGAUUGUUCUUCCUUUGGAGGUGGAUCCCCUCAAGGAAGAAUAGAAGAACAAACCAGACAGGCGAAACGACACAUUCAUUGACGGGAACGAAUACCAAUACUAGAGAAAAUAUACACGAAAAACUGACGAAA